GGCUUUGCCACUGUCCUUGGUUGCAGCAGGAACUCCCUGGGCUACCUAGCAUCACCAUGUCUGUUCGAUACAGCUCAAGCAAGAAUUACUCUUCCUCUCGAAGUGGGGGAGGAGGAGGAGGAGGAGGAGGAGGAGGAUCCAUCAAAGUUUCGAGCAGCAAAAGCUCCCAUGGUGGAGGAUAUAGCUCAGGGGUGGGUUUCAGUGGUGGCUCUUUCAGCCGUGGGAGCUCUGGUGGAGGCUGUGGCUAUGCGGGUGGACUAGGAGGUGGGUAUGGUGGAGGUGGCUUUGGUGGAGGUAGCUUUGGUGGAGGCUACGGAAGCGGCGGCUUUGGUGGGGGCUACGGAGGAAGCGGUUUUGGAGGAGGCAGCUUUGGAGGGGGCAGCUUUGGAGGGGGCUUCGGUGGAGGCAGCUAUGGAGGCGGCUUUGGUGGUGGUGGACUGGGAGAUGGUGGCCUUCUCUCUGGAAAUGAAAAGAUAACCAUGCAAAAUCUGAACGACCGCCUGGCUUCCUACCUGGACAAAGUUCGGGCUCUUGAGGAAUCAAACUAUGAGCUAGAAGGCAAAAUCAAAGAGUGGUAUGAAAAGUAUGGCAACACAGGCCAGCGAGAGCCUCGUGACUACAGCAAAUACUACAGAACCAUUGAAGAUCUUAAAAAUCAGAUCCUCAAUCUAACAACUGAUAACGCCAAUGUCCUGCUGCAGAUCGACAAUGCCAGGCUGGCAGCGGAUGACUUCAGACUGAAGUACGAGAACGAGGUAGCCCUCCGCCAGAGCGUGGACGCAGACAUCAACGGCCUGCGCCGGGUGCUGGACGAGCUGACCCUGACCAAGGCCGACCUGGAGAUGCAGAUCGAGAGCCUGACUGAAGAGCUGGCCUACCUGAGGAAGAACCAUGAAGAGGAAAUGAAAGACCUUCAAAAUGUGUCCACUGGCGAUGUGAACGUGGAAAUGAAUGCUGCCCCAGGAGUUGAUCUGACUCAGCUUCUGAACAACAUGAGAAGCCAGUAUGAACAACUUGCCGAACAAAACCGCAAAGACGCUGAGGCCUGGUUCAAUGAAAAGAGCAAAGAACUGACUACAGAAAUCGAUAGCAACAUUGAACAAAUGUCCAGCCAAAAAACUGAGAUUACUGAAUUGAGACGCACUGUUCAAGGCCUGGAGAUCGAACUACAGUCCCAACUAGCCCUGAAACAAUCUCUGGAAGCCUCCCUGGCAGAAACAGAAGGUCGCUACUGCGUGCAGCUCUCCCAGAUUCAGGCCCAGAUCUCCACUCUGGAGGAGCAGCUGCAACAGAUCCGAGCUGAAACCGAGUGCCAGAAUUCUGAGUACCAGCAACUCCUGGACAUCAAGAUUCGACUGGAGAAUGAGAUCCAAACCUACCGCAGCCUGCUAGAAGGAGAGGGAGGUUCCGGAGGCGGAUACGGCCGCGGAGGCGGCGGCGGCGGGCGAGGCGGCGGCUACGGCGGCGGAAGUUCCGGCGGCGGCUACGGAGGCGGAAGUUCCGGUGGUGGCUUCGGCGGCGGAAGUUCCGGCGGCGGCGGUGGUGGCGGUAGCUACGGCGGAGGAAGUUCCGGCGGCGGCUACGGCGGCGGAAGUUCCGGCGGCGGCGGUGGCGGCGGUAGCUACGGCGGCGGAAGCUCUGGCGGAGGCCACAAGACCUCUUCCGGGUCCACUGGGGAGUCCUCAUCUAAGGGAUCAAGGUCAGGAGAACCUGGCUGGGACACCAGUAAAACCAGAGUGAUCAAGACAAUUAUUGAAGAAGUGACACCUGAUGGUAGAGUCCUUUCAUCUAAGGUUGAAUCAGAAACCAAGAAACACUACAAGUAAACCACAUCAGGAGGAAAGAGUCUCCCUUCACAGAGGCCAUUUUGCACAGAUGCUUGAAAAACAGAACCUCCGAGAAGAACAGAACCUUCCAUCUUAAUGGUCUAUGGAAAUAGGUUCCCACUUUGAAAAUAGGGUGUCUAAAAGGUGUUUUUGUGGUUUCUGUAUUCCUUCUUUUCACUUUACCAGAAAGUGUUCUUUAAAGGGGAAAAAAAAAAUUCUGUCUUCAUAAUAAACUUUCUUACUGAUGCAAACAA